GCUGUCCCGGUUAUCUUUAAAGAGAGCGGUUCAGGCACAGUGCGGUGAGUCUAAGCGAUGCUGCUGCUGUUGAUUAGCUCUCACGUUAGUUUCGAAUAACACGGAGGACCUCAGUCUCCGCGAUAUUACAACCUGUGAGAGGAUCAGCCCAUUGGACGACACAUUCAAGCAGAGUUGGACUUUGGCCUUUAGUCUGCUGUAGAUAAUGACAAGUUAAUCCAACCUAAUUCUGUUAGAGUUCAUUCGGCGUGUGCCUUAGUCAGUCGGACUUGUAACUAAAUAUGGGCCUGUUGUGACUGGCUGCCACCUGAAAACAUACCUGAAAACUGAAAUUGCUUAAACUCUGGGGAUAUUCCUACAAAUGCAGGGUCAGUACACAUUUUACAUCCAGGUGUUGACUUUAGCAUUAUGAAUGCAUCACAAUGCCAGGUAGAGAAUCCAAACUGGCUCCUCUUUUGUCAACAUACGACCUCAAACUUGCAUGCGCUCAAUGUUCCGUCAAGGAGAAAGAAAUUACGUAUACGUUAAAACCAGUCAGCCACCAGUGUGCGCGAAAUCUCCUGCUCUGCAAGGCCAAAGGUGGCGAAAAAUGGAGGCCUGUUUCUAGGCGGCCCACGUUUCCAAACCCAAGUCAGUAUGUGUCGUGUUACUUCUUUGUGGAGGGCUCUGGUUGCACACACCACAGGAACCGGUGCACCUUUGCCAGAAGUGAUGAGGAAGCUGCCAUUUGGACAUUUGAAAAGAAUCACAGAUUAGACCAUGUGUUACUCUGUAACCUCAUAGCUCAGUCUGAGAAAGGAUCUGAUCUGCCUGAUAACUCUGAACCUCUAGGUGACCUCUUGCCAACUCUAGAUUUGAAGGCUGUGUGUGAUCUGUGCUCUAUCAAAGAGAAAGAAAUAACAUACAAAGUUCAGUCACUUAGUCACAAGUGUAGUAGAAAUCUGCUUUUAGCCAAAGACAAAGCCUCUAACCAAUGGAGGCCUGUCUCUGAUCGGCCUAGAGGUGGAUUCUUCAGUCGAAAUGUUUUUUACCAAGUGUGUAACUACUUUAUUGAGGGCUCUGGAUGUACUCAACACGGACAGGGAUGCACUUAUGCUAGAAGCUAUGAAGAGGCUACUGUAUGGAACUAUGUUAGAGACAAAGGAAUCAGUAAAGAUGACUUAAUCAGACUUGUAACUAGGUCUGAGCCUAAUUCUCUAACACCAGAAAGUGCAGCCAAAAGCAUACUUCAACAGUUUUCAGGUGAAUUUAUCGAGUUCUGCAAAGAGUGCUAUCACGAUCGUCCACAAAAACUAACAACCAAAAGGUGGAAUUCCACUUGCUCAGGAGAUGCAGCGCACACCUGGGACCCAGUCUUAGUUCAUCACCUGUCAGAGAAUAGUCGGAAACACAUCUACAGCCAGGUACGUCCUCUUCCCCCCAAAUGUCAGUUUAAGUACUGCAGUCAUGUCAGGGACGGCAAGCCCUGCUGGCAUCAGGCCGGACACUGCCAGUCUGCACAGAGCGAGGUGGAGAUGGUCGUGUGGAAAGUGGAGCACAGCGGGCUCUCUGUUCGGCCCCAUCUCCUUCAGCUGAGCCGACAGGAGCAGACGGAGCCCAGACAGGCCACCAUAUACUGCAAAGUUUGCCUCCUGAACCUUUCAUCCCCAGAGAGCUUCUACAAGCACUGCACCUCUUUGGAGCAUGCCCAGUUACUCUCUGAGGACACCACCACCAAGUGGAGAGGAAGACAGCCUCCACACAACCACCAAUCUCAGUUUUGGCUGUGUGACAGACCACAAACGUGUGAGUAUGGCAACAAGUGCCCAAAAGCUCAUUCUGUGGAAGAACUGCAGGAGUGGUUGAUGCGUGCUGCAGAGGAGAAAGAGAUCAGACAUAACAUCGGAGCCCAGGGUCUCAUGUGCUACAAUGAAAGGCUCUUGGAGGAAUACAAAAACAGCAGUAAUGAAGUACACAUUAUAUCAGAACAAGUUGAUGAUGUCAGCAUCUCUUGUGAUGAAGAUUUAACUGUGGCGUGUGAACAGAUCAAUACAACACUGAAAUGGAACUUCCAAGUUGAAACAGAGAGACAGCUUGUGCAUGUGGCGCUGCUUAAGCAAGAACCAGGAGCUUCAUUCAGCCUUGGUGACAUCGGUUCUUUGCCCUGCAUCUACUCCUCAGGGAAAGACUUCCUCACUGAAGACAUGACUUAUGACAUCACCGUGUCUUUCACAUCUAUCAACCCAGGCCUUUAUGACCAGUGGUUAGUGUUAGAUUUUGACAUGAGACCAGUGCUCUUGAAGAAACUCAAAGUAAGAGUGGGCCAGCAGUCACUGGAUGAUAAUGAACAAACAACUGUGAACUAUGGAGCCACUUUUCAAAGUGCUGAGCGUUGGCAUCGAGGGAACAGGGUUAUCAUCCCCUGUACAUCCAGAACAGAAGAACAGGAGGAGCUGUUGAAGGAGUACAAGCCUCCUCAGAUUAGUUUUCUGUAUAAAUCCUCCCACAACAGCCAAACACCUCUGAAUAAUGAGAACUACAGAGAAAGAAUGCACCAGUUCCUGUACAAUGAGGAACGGGCAGAGGACCAGAUUGUUUCAAGACUAAAUGUUUGUGGAGAAAUUACAACAAUGGAUAUGCUGAACAGUCCAAAGUUUGGCCUGAUGAUUGCACCUCGGGGAGAACUGUUCUGUGCUGUCUCGAUUCCUUGUAAUCUCACGCCAGACACCCCAGAGGGACUGGCACUAAAACGAAGCAUCCACUCAGGCCUGAUCGCACCUCUUUCCUCCAGUGGUCAAAACUCCAAGGUCUAUGAAGCCAUCAUUUUGCGAGACAAAACAAGUGACAACAAAAUGUAUUUGCAACUGUCUGAAAAAUGUUGCUCUGGUCUUCAACUCAGAAGCAAUGAGUCAUAUCAGAUGGAGGUGCAGUUUCAGCUGAAUCGCCACAACUUCUGCAGCAUGCACAAGGCCAUAGACCUCCUCCCUGAUACAAAACGAGUGCUACCAGACCUUAAGAAAUGUGGCGUUCCUGUGAAUACCAUACGCUAUGAGAAGCUGAAUACAAAGCAACAGUCAGCAAUUGACUUUAUCACAGGGAAUUCAACUCUCCAGAAAUGUGUGGCACCCCUCCUCAUCUAUGGACCAUUUGGAACUGGGAAAACAUUCACUCUUGCUACAGCAGCCAGAGAGCUUUGUAAGCAGCCUCACAAUAAAGUGCUAAUUUGCACCCACACCAACAGUUCUGCAGAUCUGUACGUCAGAGACCACUUGCAUCCAUUCAUCAACAAGAAAAAUGAUGGAUCAAGGCCAAUACGAAUAAAAGCAAACAAACAAGGGAAUGCUUUGUUUGCCACAGAUGAGAUUACCUUGAAGUACUGUUUGCUUUCAGAAGAUGGGCAGUAUUUUCUACCACCUACAAAAGCUGCCCUAGAUCACCACAAAAUAGUCAUAACCACCACGACAAUGGCGAGAAAUUUUCACGAGUUAAAGCUCCCAGAGGGAUACUUCACCCACAUACUGAUCGAUGAAGCCUCUCAGAUGCUGGAAUGUGAAGCCUUGAUGGCUCUUGCUCUUGCUGGGCCAAACACCAGAGUUGUUUUGGCUGGAGAUCACAUGCAGAUGGGACCCAAGCUUUUCUCAGUUGAUGAUCAUCACCGUUCAAAUCACACACUCCUUAAUCGCUUGUUCCACUACUAUCAAGGUCAAAAGUGCGAUGCUGCCCAGAACAGCAGAAUCAUCUUCAGUGAAAACUACCGCUCAACCAAAGAAAUUGUGGAGUUUGUGUCCACCCAUUUCUACGUUGGUAAGAAUGAUGUCAUCAAAGCUACUGGAAAUAUUCCGGCUCCUGCAAAUGGCCGUGCCCUAAAGUUUCACCAUGUUAGGGGAGGGUGUUUCUUGGACACUGUGUCUAUGUCUUGGUAUAACAAAGAAGAGGUUGCCAAAGUGGUUGAAGAAGUGAAAGAGAUUCUCAAACACUGGCCAUUGACCUGGGGGACCAAGGACCAAAGCUCAAUCUGUGUUCUAUCAGAGGGAUCCCAGGUUCGGCAAAUUAGGGCAGCCCUUUCAAGAAGAGACCUUGCUGCAGUCCAUGUUGAGAAUCUUGCAAAUGUGCAAGGCAAACAGUUCAGGGCAGUCAUAAUGACAGCCGUACAAACACGUGACAGCCUGAAAACGUCUCACCUGCCUGGUCUGGAGCUGUUCAAUGAUGCCCGUGUGUUAAACACUGCGAUGACUAGGGCUCAGUCCCAUGUGGUUGUGGUUGGAGAUGCUGCUGCACUCUCUUGCUUUGGGAAAUGCUCUGCAGUCUGGAAGAGCUACAUAGACCAUUGCAUCAGCAACAACAGUGUCGCACCACAGCAUUUCACCAAAGAUUUCUUCGAAAAAGAUGUUAUGGAAACUGCAAGGUUUCAAAAGUCUGAACAUGUGGAUGAGAGCAACACUCUCAGUGAUGCAAUUCUUCAAGAGUUAAAAGAUGAAUAUGAACAGAAAGCAGAAUAUAGUUCAGAUGAAGACAGAUUGAAAGUUGAAGACUUUGACCACCACAAGUCAAGAUCAGUGUACAAUAACAGUGAAGCUGAUACAGACCUUUUGGAGCUGUGUAAAAAACAACCAGAGAUGUACAAGCAAGGAAGGUUUGUCAGGGAGUCAUAUAACAGAGGUUAUGUCAUACCAUUUCAUAACCCUGCCAUACAUGUUAACAUCAAGGGAAGAGCAAACCUAGGCAAGGUCUUCACUGGAGACGAAGUGGUCUUACAAACAGCAAAAGUGGUCAGCAUCACUAAACAAGCUGAAUCAGCCCGUGUACUUGUGUGCCUGCUUGAGGAUGAGGAUCACAGCAAACCAAGACAGAAUUCUGAAAGCAAAUUUGUCAAAAGGACAAUGAUGCCCAUCACAAAAUCUGCACCUAAAGUAUGCAUACAUAUCAGCAAGAAGAGACGUAACGUCAUUCCAAUAUGGGAGCAAAUCAGUGGACAUUGGAUGAUUGCAGCAUACGAGCGUCUUGAUGAAAACCUCAAACAAAACAACGUAUUUGUGGUGCAAGUGAUUUGCUGGAAAGAACAUUGUUCUAUUCCACUGGGGAAUGUCAUAGAUAUUCUGCCAAUUGGAAGUUCUUUGGUUGAUGGACUAAAGAUCCUGAAUGAAGAAUUUAAAGUUUCACCCAAUACAUGUACAUACGAGGGUCUCCCCUACAAAGAUGAAGACAGGACACACAGGCACGACAUAACUGACAUUGUGACUUUCACUGUUGAUCCAAAAGAAGCAAAAGACUUGGAUGACGCCAUCAGUGUCAGGGAAACUGGAGACCAGUAUGAGUUGGGAGUCCAUAUUGCAGAUGUGGCAAGCUUUGUGAGUCUAGGUGGUCCAUUAGAUGAGGCUGCAAAACAACUUGGUGCUACAUACUACUGCAGUAAGCAAAAUCCCAUCCAUAUGUUCCCCCAAGACUUGAGCACUGGGCACUUCAGUCUUCUGUCUGGUGAAGUUCGCAGGGUGGUUUCAUUGGUGUUCACAGUAAACAAGAAAACACAUGAGAUCAUUGGGAAACCCAAAUUCCAGCUGUCAUUGGUCAAGUCAAAGCGGCAGUUGUCUUAUGAAGAGGCAGAGGACAUGAUCUCUCAAAGAUACAGAGAGACACCUAAAUUUCACUCUGUAGAAGACUGCGUCACAGUGGCUUAUUGUUUUGCAAAAGCUCAAAGGAAAAUAAGACUUGUGGAUUGGGCUUAUUCUCAACCUGAUGAUGAAAGAUUGCCCGGAGAGCGCAAAGCCAAUCUGAUGAUUGAAGAGCUGAGUGUGUUAUUCAAUACACUUGCAUCUGAGACUUUGAUUGGUUCAGAGAAAACCAGGCGUUGCACACCCCUUCGCUGUCAAGCAAAACCAGAUCCUGAAAAGAUAGACGAAUUCAAGAAGAACUGCGGAGAAUUGAUACCACUGUCUUUUCAUGUGCGGCACAAAGUUGAUGUUGAUGAACAAGCCCCAAACUGUGAGAACUUCCGCAUACUCACAGAAGUGUGGGAAGACAUCCAGUCAGCUGCAAGAGCAGAUGACAUAGACAAAAUGGUGGACCUGAUUGCUGCAGAUGACAUCCACCCUCAGCUCAAGCCAGUUGUUGAUCAGUUCAGAAGGUGUUGUAGUAAAGCUGAAAUCAUCUGUUCCAAGUCCUAUACCAAAGCACGCGAUGGGCAUUAUUCUCUGAAUGUAAGAUCUUAUACACAAGCGUCCUCACCAAUACGGCGGUACAUGGACCUCAUCUUGCAGAGACUUUUGCACUCCAUCAUAUGUGACAAGGAUGUCCAAUACACAUCAUCAGAGAUUGCAACUUUGUGCAGUCAAUUUGAGGAGAAACUCAAGGGUGCCAAAGAGUAUGAACAAAAGGCUGAGCAGAUCUCCUACGCAGUGAGCAUGAGAAAACAAAGUGCUUCAAAGCUAGCCUUUGUUGUCAGUCCCAAGACAGACAGUUUUGCAGUGGCCUUUCCUUUUAACAAGAACAUGUUUGCAGAGAGUGUAUUGAUUAUGUACAAAGAUUUACAAUUGUUUGACCAACCAAUUUAUGAUGAAGCAAAUGACUGCAUCAUUCUUACAUGGAAAAGGCGGAUCUAUGCAGUUGACAACAUGCAAAUCCACCAAGAACUGAAAAUGCCAGACUUUGGUCCCUGCGUUGAGCUUCCAUUGGCAAUAUGGAAAGCCACUAUUGAGGCAAUUGACAAAGAAAACUGGGAUCAUGCAAAGUCUCUCACAAUGAACGCUGAUAUAAAGCGACUGGAAAAACAAAACAUCCUGCCACAAUCACCUGAAGUGCCUCAUUCCAAGACCUUUGAGGAUGAGAGGGAACAAACGGAGCAUGAGGUUGACAUCAAGCUUCAGUUGCAGAGAGGUGACACUCUUCAGAUCCAAAUGACUACAGAGGUGAAAAGAGGUUAUCACAUGCCUGCUGUUCAGUUGGUGCGCAUUAAACCAAAGUUUGAGAUCUGUGUGCACCAUGUCCACAGUCCUAUCACAUGCUUCUCCAGAUCUGCAGAUGAUCCAUCAAGGAUUUUCUAUAGUGACACUGAGGAGUAUAAACGGAUCUGGAAACCAUUGUGUGAGAUGGAAUCUGCUUCCACUGCAGUGGAUGAAAGUGACAGCAUUGUUAUUGAGAACCUGGUGGUAAACUUCAAACAAGAGCAGGCAGGCAUACUUACAGGAAGCUUCUUCUUACCCCUGGCAUGGAUCAGUCGAUGGGCCAUUGAAUGUAACCUUUCAAAGUGCUUACUGUGCAUACGGAAAAGAGGUUUGAAGUUGACUUCAGCCCCUGAACAUUCUGCACUGGUGGACCCACGAGAGUUCACAUGGGUAGCCCAUGGUGUCACAAGAAAAGUAGAAGAACAAAAGAACCCUCCAAAUGAAGGAAGUAAAGUGCAAUUCUAUGUCAAUCACCUGGCAAUGGAGACCAUACCUGAUUGUGUCUUUGAGAAAAACACCUGUUUCACAGUUGAAAUAAUCCCAAAGCUCCUGCCCGACAUCCGGAAAGAAAAUGCUGUGGUCAGCAUUACAUCAGCAUGUGAUCUUGUCACGUCUAUAGCACUUGGAACACACAUUCCAAGAGAGGUAAAACCAACGUGGCACAGUAUGAGGAAAGAGCUACCAAAUAUACUGCCACAGUUUAACCUGAGUCAGCACCUUGCUGUGGAGAAAGCUCUAAAUAAUACCUUCACACUUAUACAGGGACCACCUGGAACUGGAAAGACAGUAGUAGGUGUGUAUAUAGUGUACUGUUUCUUUGAGCUGAACUCUAAGAACCAAAGGAAAUGUGUUGACCCAAAGGACGAGAACAAGAAACAAGUUAUUCUCUACUGCGGCCCGUCCAACAAGUCUGUUGAUGUUGUUGCAGAGUACUUGUUGAGGUUUGGAGACAGACUAAGGCCCCUCAGAGUCUACAGCCAACAAGUGGAGAUGCUUGAUUACCCUUAUCCAGACUGCACUCUUCAGUUUUCCCAGAGGUCACUCCGCCAAGAGCGUGCCAAGCCAGAGCUCAGGAGCAUCACUCUGCAUCACCGCAUGCGACAGGACACCAACCCUUUUUCAGGUCAAAUAAAAGAUUUUGAUCAACGCAUUAAACUUGCCCAUGAGAGAAAAGGAGAAGAGCUGACUACUGAAGAAGUGAAAGAAUACAAAAUACUUCUCAGAGAUGCUCGGACACAUGAGCUUGAACGGCAUGACAUCAUACUGUGCACAUGUACACAGUCUUCUACUCCAAGUUUGACUAAGACAGUCAGCGCACGUCAGAUCCUCAUUGAUGAGUGUGCAAUGGCCACUGAACCCCAGGCCCUGAUUCCAUUAGUCUGCAACAAACCAGAAAAGAUUGUUUUGAUCGGUGACCACAAACAGUUACGACCAAUCGUGAAGAAUGAGCGUGUGAGGAAGCUGGGGAUGGCCAAGUCUCUGUUUGAACGCUACUAUACAAUACACAAGAACAGGGCAGUGAUGCUGGACACUCAGUACAGGAUGCAUAGGGACAUAUGUGAAUUCCCUUCACAACAAUAUUAUGAGGGAAAACUGAAUACUGGGGUGGAGCAGCCGAGCAGUGUCCUCCGUGUUGAGAACAAGACAAUGCCAAUCGUUUUUGGGGACAUCAGAGGAAAAACUAUCAGUUUGGUCGUCAGCACAGCCAAGGGCAACGAGAACUCCAAGGCAAACCAGGAGGAGAGAGACAAAGUGAUUGACAUUGCCGAAAAGCUGGUGCAGAAUGCCAAAAUCAAACAGCAAAGCAUUGCGAUUCUGUCGCCCUAUAAUGCCCAAGUGUCAGAAAUCAGAGACAAGCUGAAGGAGAGGAAUAUGGGUGAAAUCACCAUCACCACAAUCACCAAAAGCCAAGGAAGUGAAUGGCAAUACGUCAUCAUAUCUACAGUGUGCUCUUUGCCAAGUGAAGAGAUCGAAAAAGAACCAGACGGAGCUUGGCUGUCCAAACAUGUGGGCUUUGUGGGUGAUCCCAACCAGAUAAAUGUGGGCAUCACCAGGGCCAAGGAGGGACUGUGCAUCAUUGGGAACCAAGAGUUACUGAGCUGCAGUAGAUCUUGGGGAAAGCUCCUGGACCACUACAAGCUUCACAAAGCAGUGACUGAUGCUGACAAGAUUUCAGUGUAUUCUGCCACAUAGCUGAUCUCAUCUAUACUUUUUAAGAGACUUGAUUUCUACAAGCAGCCAACCAGAGCUCCUACACUUCUUCAGCAGCAUGACUUCAUGAAUUAUGUAUAUAUUUUAAUUUUUCCAUGAUGCUGCAGUAACUUUUUAUGUUAUCUUUUUACAGUUUUAUAGCAUAUUUGGGGUUUUUGAUAUUUGACAGUUUUUAUUGUGCCCUUAUUUACAUACCCCUUUCUCUUUCAUAUGUAUACAGCUGUAAAUAGGAAGUCCUACAACUUCAAUAUCACCUGUAUCUAGAAUGUUGUUGUUAGGUGUGUUCAUUUAAUCUUAAUUUUAACUUUCAGGUUCAGUGAUUGAAUAGUCUAUUUUUUAUGCUUUUUUCAUAUUUGUUACUACAAUUUAAGAUAUUGCAUUUGAGAAAAGUUGUAAGCUGUAAUAAAUACUUUAUGAUAUAAGGCUAACCUUAACAAUGGGCAGCAGGCAGAGCUCAUUUUGUUUGAUUCUUUAAAUUCAUUUUUAGGUUGAGUUGAAAUGUAUUCCACUGUAUUUAGCACUAUAUGAAAUCACCUCCAGUGAGGCAUUGUUCCUGUUAACUGAUGAAUGAGUCUGCAUUUGUUUUCAUCGCAGCUGGACAGCUGGCCUUAACACUGUAACUGCCUCAUCAUUCAGUGAGCCUAGUCUGUACUUUUUAUUUUGUGUUUGACUCUUCAUAAUAUUGUUUUUCAUACAUUUGGAUGUUCAGGGAUUAGCUUUGGCUACAGAAAUGUUAAUAAGAGAUUUUCAUGUUUAAGUAAAUGUACAAAAACAUUCAAACUGAUUUAUUUAUGGUUCACUUUUUUUUUGUCUUUACCUUGUUAAAUGGAAUUUAUGGAAUUUGUCAGUAGAAUCAGAAUAAAUGAUUUGGUGAAAGUAUGAGAUUAAAA